UAAGUUAAAGUAUUGACUAUGGCUAGAUAAGUGAUUUUUUACUUUCUUUACAUGGUUAGGUAUUGUUAAUUGGCUUGAAUUUUAUGAUCGUACAUUAUUUACAUAAAUAUUGUUCAAGUUCCGUACGACCCGCCAUAAAGAUGUUCGCAAAGCUUAAAGGUAAUAAGGUGUAAAAUAAUUCCCAAAAAGCCCAUAAUACGGCUGGCUAAUCUGAGAAGCAGCCGGCGGGAGGGCUCGGGCGGUCGUUUUGUUCGGUGUCGAUGCCGUUGACAGGUGGAGGGUGCGCAGGGCCGGGGGGCGGCGCCCGCGCAGCUCGCGUGGCCCUCUCGCCUGAGUCACGCGCGCCUCGUAAUGCUUGCAUAAUAAUAAUGACGGAUGCCGAUCGCGCGGCGGCUCCUUUGAUCUGCGGCGCGUUUGAUGUAGCCGCCGGAGCCGGUCCCGCCGCCCCUGCCGCACAAACGAGCCGCCCGCUCGCCUACUCGGUCGGGCGGCGCGGCGUGAGCGCUCGGCCCUUCGCCCUCGCUCUAAAUAGAGGCUUUAUUUUGUAAACAGCGGGAACGCUACCGUGCGGCUCGGGCAGUGCGCGGCGGCAGUGGUGCCCCUGCGCCCGCCAGUAUGGGGUGUGCUGCGGCCCGCUGUCUGCGCGCGCGCGACCUAGCCCACGCCCGGGAGCGAUGACGCGCCACCGCGGACUGCUCCGCACCCAACACUGGAUUGUUUGGACACUCUGUGUAAUAUUAUGUCAGGUUUGUGAAGGCACGUCUCCACCUGACAGUUUGCGUCUCGUCUGGCUUUCGAACACCUCUCUAACGUGCAACGAUGGCUCUCCAGCCGGUUACUAUUUCCGGCGGGGGACUAACAAUGACCAUUGGGUGGUAUACCUGGAAGGUGGCGGGUACUGCUGGGACGCGGCGUCUUGCAACGCGCGCUGGCGGCGCCGGCCCGCACUCAUGUCCUCCUCGCGCUGGCCGCGCACCCGCCGCGCGCCCGCGCUGCUCUCCACCGACCCCGCCGCCAACCCGCUGUGGCACGCCUCCAACCACGUCCUCCUCCCCUACUGCUCCAGCGACAUGUGGGCUGGCACCAGAAACACGAAGCAGUCCAACACGAGGUUCGUGUUUUCCGGUCGACUCAUCGUACGGAGUGUAUUGUCGGAAUUACUUCACCACGGACUCACAGGGCGAAUGUUACUUGUGGGAUCAAGUGCUGGCGGAGCCGGUGUCAUGUUACAUGCGGAUGCCGCUCGGCGUGCUCUCCGGUCAAAAGGCGUCCGAGUCGCAGCCAUUGCCGACUCCGGCUGGUUCCUCGAUCGUCCAGCUAAAUCACGGCGAGCCCCGGCUGCCACCGUGGCUAAACUCGGUCAUACUCUGUGGCGCGGCAAGCCUCCAACCUCUUGUGUGCGAGAACACGCUGCGGAGCCUUGGCUUUGCUAUUUUGGGUAUCGAUUGUACGCCCACAUUCGUACGCCACUAUUCGUGUUUCAAUAUUUAUUUGAUUCGGCACAGCUAGCUGCCGAAGGAGUGCGCGCUCCUCGCACCAGGUCCCAGUGGGACGCAGUGCAUCAGACAGGAGCGGCGUUACGUUCCAGUCUCAAUUCUGUGCGAGCGGCGUUUGCUCCUGCUUGUUUGGCACACGGAGCGCUCGCACGUCCCGAAUGGCAGGCAAUUAACGUUUCGGGUAUAACCUUACCACGGGCUUUAGCCUGUUGGGAGCAGAGGCUUGAUGGCGGCAAGCGAAGAGCGCGCGGAGGCUGCGCACCUCGGCGGCUGGUGGAGCGCUGCACGUGGCCGCAGUGUAACGGGUCCUGUCCGCGCCUGCGGGACCCGCGCACCGGCGAGGAGGUGGCGCUGGCCGCGCUGCUGCAGAGCUUUGGGCUGGACGUGCGCGGCGCCGCUGCGGCGAUGGGUUUGGAUGCGCGAGCUCUGUCGCGCAUGAGCCGGGCCGAGUUGCUGCCGCUAUUGGCGCCCCAUAUGUGACUCUACAUUUUAUAAUAUGGACUUUUUGUGCUUCCAGGCACGCUUAAUCUACCUCGUUUUUUGUUGCACAAGUACAAGUAAUAUUACGUAUAGUUGUCUAGAUAUUAUUUAUUGUUCGUCGGACUCAUUGUAUUUAUAAGUAAAGGGCUGGAACUCUUU